CCGACCAUCAUGGCUCGUUCAAUCACCCACGAAAAAAUACUGGGGGCUACUCUAGUCGCUCUCAGCCUGACUUCAAUGUGGUUCACAUAUACUCUGUUCAAUUAUGUCCAAGUCACUCUCAGCCUGGUGCCAUCGAAUUCACGUCCCAGUCCCUCUGCUAGGGCGUAUCGUCCGCAAAAAGACGAGCACUCUUAUUCCUACAUUGGAGACGAUUUUCCACCGCUCUUACCUGGUGUCGCUCUUGAUGAACGUAUCAAAAUGGUUGCGGAGGAAAGCGUCCAGUACUCCCUCCUUCCUGAAGCUCGCGAUGCUUGGUAUGCUGCAUUCCCAGACGGGGUGGGUUCUGUUCGCCUAGGCCUUCACCACCGAACUUUUUUUGUAUCGAUGUAUCACGAGCUCCACUGUCUCCAACAAUUCCGCGACACGCUCGUUGACCUUAGUCCACACGUCGCAUGGGGGCAUCUCCAUCACUGCCUCAAUUACCUUCGAGAACGGGCGCUUUGUCAAGCAGAUCUCACGCUAGAACCCGGCGAUUUCACAACACGGAACUUUGAACAUGACCGCACCGGUGCUACCCACGUCUGUCGAGACUGGAGCGCGGUCAUUUCCAAGGUUGAUGACAACUGGAGUGAUUGGGUCGCCAUCUGGAAAGAAUUCCACAAUGUCACCGCACUCCCAAGCUAG